AUGAAUUUUCUCUUACUUCCCGAUGAGUUAGUCAUUGCCAUUUUGAAAUAUUUACUUCCUCAUGAACGUUUUCAUUGGAUCAAAACCAGGAAUUCAAACAUUAUUUUCAAUGAAAUUUCUGUGGCUUGUACGAUCAUGUCAUUAAAUUCAGUAGUGAUGAAAUCCGAAAGGGUGAUGGAAUUUUUGAAUGAAUUUUGGUGGAACGUCAUGAUGGAACGAUAUUGUAGCGAUGGUGCGAAAAAGAAACCAUUCGUGGAUUCCUUGAAAAUAUUAAAACAGGAAAUGAUUAAGAAAAAGUGUAUGAAGCGAUGUGUGAACUUGUUUGUACAUGCCUAUAGAAAGUUAAAUGAACUACCAACAAUGAAUAAGAUUAUUCAACAAGAGCAAGUAGUGAUCUUGGGUGAUGCGGGAGUGGGAAAAUCAAGUAUUAUCAAUUUAUUCGUGAGGGGAGUUUUUCAAUCGUGUUUUGAUCCCAUGAUCAUUGAGAGUUAUUUGAAACAUGUUUGCGUUGACGGCAAUGUUGGAGAUAUUGGAGGAUGUUGCAUGGACUGA